AUGCUUCAAUAACAUCCUAUUUGUAAAAUCAACUUCUGGCUAACCAAGCCACCCUGUAAUAUAUGUACGUAUAUAUACAUAAUUAGCUCAUGCGAGUUUCAACCCCUGCUGAAGCCUGAAACAAUAGUACAUCAUCAAGUUUUCAUCCUUCAUUUGCUCUGCUGUUCUCCUUAUUCGUUCAUUCCAAGAUUGUGAUCUGCAAUGGGUGGAGCAAAUCAGGUUUAUCAAGAAAUGACCUUCAAGAAUACCUUUGCCGGCCUUGAUCCAAGGCAUGUUCAGUGGGUGAUCACGGAAGCUGAGGAUGACACUUCCUGUGAUUCUGAAUCCAUCGGUGAAGACUCGGGGAAUAACUCCGCAGCACCAUCUUCUUCAUCAGACUUAGCAGAGGAUGCAUCCUCUUCUCCAACAUCGUCACCAUCUACAUCACCUUCACAUGGGCCGUUGUACGAGUUGUCGGAGCUUACGAACCAGCUGCCUAUCAAGAGAGGUCUCUCAGAACAUUAUCAAGGAAAGUCUCAGUCUUUUACAUCUUUGGCAAAUGUGAAGAGCCUCGAAGAUCUUGCAAAGAAAGUUAGUCCUUAUGGUCAGAGGAUGAAGCCAUGUAAGAGCUAUGCAGGUUUAGUUGGUCAAAAGAUUGGUCCAAGGGCUGUCAUAGCCAAGAAGUCUUCUUCCAGGGGAAUGGGAUCAUCAUUUCUAUCUUCUUUUGGCAGUAGAGCGAGUUUUGUUGGCAGUUGUCGGCAUCCCAUUCCCCUGCACAAAGAUUGUUAAUCUGUAAAUCACUUAAUUUAAGAGGCUUGCAUGUAUUUUUAUUGCAAGCUUUCUAAUAUUUCUCCAUUGAAAUUUUCUUCAAAUUUCAAACCGUGUAAGAUAAACGAGUCGAGGUCAUAUAUGUGUAGAAUGAA